AGGAUGGGGACAAGGAGGGCGAGGCGCCCGCCGUCAAGAAGAGACAGCCAGGAGAAAUUCGCAUGCAGAAGGAGCUGGACGAGAUGGAGCUCCCCCCGCAGGUCACGAUUGACUUCCCGGACAAGAACAACCUCAUGUCGUUCACGAUUACGAUCGCUCCAGACGAGGGCUAUUGGAAGGGUGCGUCGUACACCUUCGUUUUCAGUGUGGCGCCGCUGUACCCGCACGAGGCACCUAAGGUGAAGUGCGAGACAAAGAUCUACCAUCCGAAUAUUGACCUGCAGGGCAACGUGUGCCUCAACAUCCUCCGCGAGGACUGGAAGCCGGUGCUGUCCAUCUCCUCCGUGGUGUACGGCCUGCUGUACCUUUUCCUUGAACCCAACCCUGGCGAUCCGCUGAACCACGAGGCUGCAGAGGUGCUCCGGAACAACCGGGUGGAGUUCGGCAGGCUCGUGGCCAGGUCCCUCCAGGGCGGCUCCGUCGCUGGCCAGGCCUUCCCCAGGCUGGUCUGAGUCGCGCGGCGGGCGACAAAGUCAUCCCCCAAGGGUGGAGGACGACGAUGACGAUCGGCGGACGGAAAGGGACAGGGUCGAGGAUGUGAUCGUCCGCGGGCCGCCUGGCCCCGGCGCCUGUUUUCCGCGGCCCCGCAGCUAUCCGGCGGCCUGGAUGGCUCUUUGGGGAUGAUGUGAUGAUGAGGCUUAAGCUCGAUGCCCAAGAACUGACAGCAAAUGUGGUCUGCGCUGUUUCCGCGGUGCGCGGGAGCGUCCCUCUCAGGCGCCCGCAUCAGACGCGCGUAAGUGGCUGCGGGUGGUCAUAUAUGCAAAUAUGUGACCGGGCUUUACUUCUGCUGCGGCGCAUCCCCUCCUUCGCGAAGCCGAUGGCGCCCCAGGCGCGGCAAGCCUUUUCGGCGGCGCCCCUCUUAAUGCGAAGCAUCGAUCGCGGCUUUCAUCCUG